AUGGAUUUUUUACUCAUUGCGAUCAUUGCAAUCACCACUUUAAUCAUUAUAUAUCUUGUGAAACAUAUAAAGAAACAAGAGGAAAUGUACAGAUACGACCAACCAAUCAUUACGUCCUUUUCGUACAAACAAGACCCCCCACGACGAAAGACAUAUAUACCUUCAGACUACAACACAUCAUUCAUCGAACACUUUCAAGCACCAAGUGCUUCCAAUUACAUUCAAUCCCCAAACAAAAACACAUUUGGAGAUACACAACACAAUGACAUAACUCGACAAUCAGUUGGCAUGAAUUGUUUACAAGAACCCGGAAUAAAUCAACGUGUUGUUCCAAACUACUAUCCAACAACAAGCGACUCUCAAAGAUACCAACCAAAGAUACUUGAUUUCCAACAACCACCCCCUCCACUUUACACACAACCAUAUACACAAUUUUCACAAAGUAAUUACUUCAACACAACACCAAUCGCUAUGAACCAAAAAACGCCGAAUAAAAAUUGUUAUUUAAUGAGACCAGAAGCGACGCCUAAUAACAACAAACCACCACUCCACAGAGAAGCUGCCGGUCUCAACUUCUCGAUGCCACACGGCGGUUCGCUCAAAAGUAAACAAGAAAACUCAUUGAACUACUCUGAUGACUCGUUUGUAAAAAUGCCAAAUUGA